GAGGUACAGUAGGCAGCAUCGCCCAUCCUGUUCUUUUCACCUGUGAAUCCCUGUGUAAGCACCCGCCUGAGGCUUGUCCGAAGUAAUUACUCGCGGCCUCCGAUCAGCGCCUCGGAGGACCAUGGCGCCCCGAAGCGAAAAGAGCCAAUUGAAGCGGCCUCACGGCUCGCUGCCGGAGGAAGGCACAGACACGAAGAAGCCCCGCAGGUCCGACCGCUUGGCCCAGGCUGACCCGGAUAAGACGCCCGUGUCGCGCGAACAUCAUCUGCCAUCACCCGUCACAAACAAUGCCACUGAUGGCUCGGCCGAGCUUUCUCAAGAACACACGGCGACGCCUCCGGUAGCCGUGGCCGGCGAGCUCACUCCGAGAAAGGGCCCCGAGGGCCUGGGCCAGAGCCAGGCGCUGUCCUCUCCUCCGCAAGACACACAGCCGCUCAGCCAAUACGUCGACCGACACCCGGCGCUCUCUGAAGACGUUGUGGACGAGCUGAAGGAAGGUGUCUGGGGCUAUCUAGUCCCUCUGGACCCCAAGUACGGCGACAAGCCUCUGGUGCUGAAAAAACGCGUCGCAUGCCCUAUGGAUGAUGCUAUUGAAGCUACUUCAGAGGCUGAGAAAAAGGGCAAAGAUGACACAUCGGGGGCUGCUAAAGAGGAGGAAGAAUAUGAAAAGACCAAAGUCAAGGGCGUCUCGGCAGGUGGUUACCUGAUCGGGCGGCAUGCCGAGUGUGAUGUGGUUGUCAGCGAGGGAGUCGUUUCCAACCGACACUGCCUUAUCUUUGCAGAGUCUGUCGGAACAGAUACCGUUGCAUUUGUCGAAGACGUGUCGAGCAACGGAACAUACGUUAAUGAAGCCCUGGUCGGACGAAACCAGCGUCGCGAACUAAAAGACCAAGAUGAAAUCGCCGUACACAGCAAAGCAAGAUUUGUCUUUAGGUAUCCCCAGAGCCGGCAGACAAGCACGUUUCAACAACAGUAUACGCUCAUGGAGAAGCUCGGCAAGGGUCAUUUCGCAGAGGUCUAUCUCUGCGUUGAGAAAGCGACUGGCAAGCGAUAUGCCGUCAAGAUUUUCACAAAGCACUCUGGCCCUGAAGACAAGUCCAAGACGGAGGGUCUGCAGCAAGAAAUCGGUGUUUUGAUGGGUGUCAGCCACCCAAACGUCCUCUGUCUCAAAGAUACGUUUACUGAGCGCGACCAUGUUUACUUGGUUCUCGAACUCGCUCCCGAGGGCGAGCUGUUCAACUACAUUGUGAUGAAGCAGAAGCUGAGCGAAGAUGAGACGAGAAAGUUGUUUGUCCAGCUAUUCCAAGGCAUCAAAUAUCUUCAUGACCGUAACAUUGUGCACCGAGAUAUCAAGCCAGAGAAUAUCUUAGUCGUGGACAAAAAAUUGCAUGUUAAACUGGCCGAUUUUGGACUGGCAAAGAUUAUCGGAGAAGAAUCAUUCACCACGACACUAUGCGGAACUCCCAGCUAUGUUGCGCCUGAAAUCUUGGCUGAUACAAAGCAUCGAAAAUACACCAAGGCUGUUGACGUCUGGUCACUCGGCGUUGUGUUGUAUAUUUGCCUUUGUGGCUUUCCUCCGUUCUCUGACGAGCUCUUCUCACGGGAUUUCCCUUUCACGCUCUCCCAACAAAUCAAGAGCGGGCGAUUUGACUACCCAUCACCCUAUUGGGACUCAGUUGGUGACCCUGCCCUUGAUUUGAUUGAUUCCAUGUUAAUCGUGGAUCCGGAGCGAAGGUACACUGUUGACCAAUGCCUGAAACAUCCCUGGCUUGUAUCCGGCGCACCAGCCGUGAAUGAUAGCACCGGGGGACUUGUUGGUGGCAUUGAGGGAUUGGAAGUCAACCGUAGAGCUCCCGUCCGGGAGAGAACACUGCUCUCGUCGCUCAAUUCUGUGUCGAUUACUGCUCGACUAGACGGCGGCAAUGACGGAUCUCCCAUUAAAGUAUUCUCGAAGAAUAAGCACCGCGCCGUUAAUGCUUCUCAGGAGGCAGGCCCGGCACAUCAACGGGCACCCGAAGAGUUCAUUGAAAUGGGCGGUAAAGGGGAUCAGGUACUUUUUGGUGAGGACGAAACGAGCAUCUAUCCUACGGGCGAUAUCGCUGCGAAGAAGGCAGAUGGCAAGCCAAACGGCAAAUAAACAAGGGGACAAUCUUUUCAGUUGGCAACAACGAAGCUUCUCUUUCUGCUUUAGUUGGUUGUAUGAGUCAACCAUUGGAGUAUUGCGUUGUACAUAUAGAAUGGCGAGCUGGUGUGACAUUUUGGUAAGGGGCAUAUGGCAUGGAUUGUUUUGCUAAUAUCUGUCUCUCUGCUUUGACUCUCAUAUUGAGGUUUCAUUUUCUGUUUUUUUUUAACUGUUUGUGUCUUUUUUUUUUUUCCUAUUUCUUUGGUUGGGAUAUAUGCGCGGACUGCAUAACUGAUCAAGGGGGUCUGUAAACAGGGACGAGAUGUCUCUCUUGGACUUUGGAAAGGGCCCUUCUUCUGGCCUCGCGAGCUAGGAAAAGAAAAAAUGGGAGUAGUGUGCAAGGCGCCAAAGUAUCUAUCUAUAAUAAAGAAUUCGGUAUAAAUGGAGUUACAUAGGUUCCAAAUAGGCCGCGAAUGCCAGUGUAAUAG